UACAUUGGCAUGAGCACUAAUAUUAUUGAUUUUGAGAUGGUUAAGUGUGAAUCCGCCGACCAGAUCCAUUGAUUACGGAUAAAAAUAUUAUCAGACACUUUUGAAGGAUAUAAUGAAUCGUCCAAGACAUCUGUCAAAAUCAGGAAACAGUUUGUAUGAGUUACUGGGAGUUGAAAAGGGUGCACCACAUGAAGAAAUAAGAAAGACAUAUAGAAGGUUAGCAUUAAAAUGUCACCCAGACAAGAAUCCUGAUGACCCAGAGGCAGCAGAAAAGUUCAAAGAAAUCAGUCGAGCACAUACCAUUCUGACAGACACAACCAAGAGACAGAUUUAUGAUGAGUAUGGAUCUCUGGGAAUCUGGGCUGCUGACCAGUUUGGGGAGGAGAAUGCCACUACCUACCUUCUAUUGACCAGUGGCUGGUGCAAGGGUUUGUUUAUUUUCUGUGGUAUCAUCACUGGUUGCUACUGCUGCUGCUGUUGCUGUUGUUGCUGUAAUUUCUGCUGUGGCAAAUGGAAGCCACCGAAUCCAGAGGAGGACGGAGAAUACGCAAAUCUACAUGUACGUCGUGAUGAAUUUAGCAGUCCUGAAAAUAGCUCUCCAGAACAUGUGGUGACGGAACAACCAAAAACAGAUGGGGCAUCUCCAAUUGUGUUAGGUCCACCCCCAGAGGCCAACAAUGAGUCUACGAAACUAAAUUCAGAUAACAAGGUAUCAUACGGAGCUAGCUACAGUGAUACAGACUCUGCUUCACAUCCUCUAGAACAAACGGACAGACCGUCAAACCAAGAAGAGAAUAUACCAAGAUCAAAUUAGAUAGGAGUUUUAAAUUUCAAUUUUUCACCAGCAUUCUUCAUGCAUUUUCCCUCUUAAUUGUCAUUAUUAUGUAGAAGUGGACCAAUGUUGACUUAUGUAAAAGGCUCAAUUUCAAUGUAUUUAUAAAAUAAUUUUUGCAUUAGCACAAGUAAAAAUAGUGCAAGUUGUACAUGUAGAUAUAAUAUGUUUGUAUGUAAUGAUGUACAUGCAGUAAACAUGUACACUGUAAUGCAUGUUAUAUUUAUGUUAAAUGUUUAAUACUUGCAGCUCAUUCCACUGUAGUGCAAUGUAUUGUAAAAUCCUCAAGUUCGGCUACUUAUUAUAAAUACAUUGUAACUCGCUAAAUUUUCAAGACACAAAGUACAGGGUUAACAAUACGUGAAUGUUGGAUUUGAAAGAAAUGUUGUAUAUUUCAGCAAUUUUGACAUUGUGUAGUGCACAGGGUUGUCCCUAAGAAUUAAAAUAGCAGGGGACAUUAAAAAAAUAGGAGAUCUUGGAUUCCUCCUUUAACGAGGAAUGAGGGGGAAUAUCAGAGUAACCGGGGGGAUUAUAUCAUCAUAGGUGGGGAAAAUUCCCCGGCCCCCGGGUCUUAGGGACAACCCUGAGUGCAUAUACUUAAUGUAUGUUAUUCUUUCUUUUGACAAACUUGUAUUUUUCCCAAGUGUUCAAGACAUGUUUUUGAUUUUUUUUUUUUUUUGGAAAGACUGAAAUGGUUUAUGAUUUAUCUUAUUUUAUUAUAUUUUGGAAAUCUUUUCAAAUAUUUAGAAUGUUGAGUGACAAUCAAGAUAGAAAUGCUGAUUAAUUUUUAAAAAUCUUGUCAAGAAUCAUGUGGUAUGCAAAUGGUCUUAUGUAAUAAUGAAGGUAUUCAACUGUUUAUAAAGUCAUAUUUCUUGAUGCAUCUUAGAAAUGUAGUCAUAGCUUUCAUAUCUUCCAAACAUUCAUUUCAGCAACCAAACAAUGCUUUAUUAUAUAAGUCAUUUAUAAAAUUCAUUUUUCCAAGUUAUUCGGAAUGUAAUUCUCUAUCUGUAAUUGAAAGUACUGAAUGUUUUCACAUAGUUUAUGGUUUUAUAAUAUAUAUAUAUAUGUAUAUAUACAUUUCGAUGAUUAGCAAUUUCAUUUAUGUAUGAACAUAAUUAUAUGAAUGCGAAAGUCCAAAACAAAAAAGCUGAAUCAAUUAAUAUUAAUUCUGGGGAUUUGAUUUUGAAGUCUUUCUGGUAUUCUGAAUGUUUUUGGCAUGAAGCAAAAUUAAUUGAAGGUUCUUUUUUUCAUGUGCUUGUAACCCCUUCCCACAUUCCAGAUAUGUCCAGUAUGUAUCUAACAUUUCUCAUCUCAGGGGACUUUAACUAUUGUCCACAUGUAGUUUUCCAUAGAUACAUGUAAUUGACAGUGUAAACUAUGUGUGUGUAUUUUUCUCCUUACGUGUUAAAGCAAAGUUUACACUGACUGUAAAAUCAUAUUUUUUUGAGGGGUCAAAUUUUUGUGGUUUGAGGAAAUCAUUUUCGUUUGUUGUGAUCUGAUUUCAUGGUUGAAAAAGUGUUGAGUUGUCAUAUAAAUGAAAUUUUACAUUUUGUGGAGGACCACAGGCCUUUGGAUCGCUUAAAUCUCACUUUUAAAAAAAUUGGGAUGUAUAAGAGAGAUAUUUAACACCCCAAUGUUUUUGUAAGUCAGAUUAAAGCGACCUAAAGGCCUAUGUGGAGGACAUGAAGUUGUGGGUGUCUUCAGACCACGAAAACAACGAAAAUUAAACCCCCACAAAAAUUAGUGAUUUCACAGUGUGUAUGAACCAUCUCAUGCUGUUAAGUCACAAUGGUAGAGGACUAUUUUUUCCAAAAAAAGCUUUUACAAGUAUUCAGUCAUUGUUAAGAUCAGAAACACAUUUGAUGCACAUUUAUAGUCUAUAUAGGUAUGAAAUAAUGAUGUAGGUUUAAUGAAUGAAUAGUGGAAACUCUCCAAACAUAUUAAAACUUAACUAAAAUGAAA